UUAAAACUCCUGCCUUCAGUUGUCAGUUGCAAACUUCCCAUGUUGGCACAGGGACUGAACUAUUAAUAUCCACCCCCGAACCUCUUAAAUCACAACUAUGUAUCAACAGGAGAGCGCUAGUAAUUCCCGAGAAAAUAUGGGUCUAAACGCUGACGGUAAUGCCACCUCGGCCCAACAUCCUGCGCAAAACACCAAGUCAGUCACCAUCGAGCACACGACGAUCAAGUCCAAUCGUACAUUCGAAGACACAAGGAUGGCGCUCGAGGCCUCACUACCGCCCAUCAACACAACCUACUCCACUCUUCUCGCCGCAGGAGACGUCGCCGGGGCACUGGCAGCCCUUCAGAGCCUGCCCGUGCUCAACACCUUCAUCGUGCCGCCUCGAAACUUCGGGAAUUUGGUGCGCACCUUGAACAAGACUGGGAAGGCGGUGCAGUAUGAAAUCGGAAAUCCCUACACUGCCGCGCGGAUGAGCUUCCAUGAGCUUGGGGUCACGCUGUACGCCCCCAUUAGGGUUCUUCUGAGGGAGGUGGAAGGGGUCGCCAUGUUCGAGUAUGACCGGCCGCGGAGCACAAUGGGACAGUUUGGGAACGAGGGGGUCAAUGAAAUUGCGCAAGAAUUAGAUCGGAACCUCACGGCUUUGCUGAUGGAAGCUGCCGGCUGGUGAUCGCUAUUCAUGUUUUGCUGGGCGAGCGGAGGCGACUAGAGUCUUAAAUCUUACCGCAUGGUGCAGGCAGAGAUUACUUGAGCAUCUGAGGUGCUGCGAGUGACCGAGAGAUUCGCAAAAUGCUUACCAACUCUGUCGCACAAUCCGAGGUCUUCUGAACCAGCUCUCC